GGUGCCAACGUGCGCGGACGCCGCCGCCGCCGCCGCCGCCGCCGCCGCCGCCGCUGGAGUCCGCCGGGCAGAGCCGGCCGCGGAGCCCCGACCAGGCGGAGGGAAGUGCCCCUAGGACCGGCUCGACCAGCAGCGCUGCACAGAGCGGCAGGACCAGGAGCAGCAGGAGGAGGAGGAGGGGAGAGCAGCUCGUCCACGCGCCCUGCACCGCCGCCGGCCCGGGAAAGCAGCGAGGAGCCGGCGCCCCUCGCGCCCGCGGUCGCCCUGGAGUAAUUUCGGAUGCCCCGCCGCGGCCGCCUUCCCGAAUAGACCCGGGAGAGGAGUUGCGGCCAACUUGUGUGCCUUUUUUCCGCCCGGUGGGAGCCGGCGCUGAGCGAAGGGCUCUCCCGGCGACUCAUGCUGCCGGCCCUGCGCCUGCCCAGCCUCGGGUGAGCGGCCGCCGGAGAGACGGGGGAGCGCGGCGGCGCCGCGGGCUCGGCGUGCUCUCCUCCGGGGACGCGGGACGAAGCAGCAGCCCCGGGCGCGCGCCGGAGGCAUGGAGCGCUGCCCCAGCCUAGGGGUCACCCUCUACGCCCUGGUGGUGGUCCUGGGGCUGCGGGCGGCACCGGCCGGCGGCCAGCACUAUCUCCACAUCCGCCCGGCUCCCAGCGACAACCUGCCCCUGGUGGACCUCAUCGAACACCCGGACCCUAUCUUUGACCCCAAGGAGAAGGAUCUGAACGAGACGCUCCUGCGCUCGCUACUCGGGGGCCACUACGACCCGGGCUUCAUGGCCACCUCGCCCCCCGAGGACCGGCCCGGCGGAGGCGGGGGGGCGGCCGGGGGCGCAGAGGACCUGGCGGAGCUGGACCAGCUGCUGCGGCAGCGGCCGUCGGGGGCCAUGCCGAGCGAGAUCAAAGGGCUGGAGUUCUCCGAGGGCUUGGCCCCGGGCAAGAAGCAGCGCCUGAGCAAGAAGCUGCGGAGGAAGUUACAGAUGUGGCUGUGGUCGCAGACCUUCUGCCCAGUGCUGUACGCGUGGAACGACCUGGGCAGCCGCUUUUGGCCGCGCUACGUGAAGGUGGGCAGCUGCUUCAGUAAGCGCUCGUGCUCCGUGCCCGAGGGCAUGGUGUGCAAGCCCUCCAAGUCUGUGCACCUCACGGUGCUGCGGUGGCGCUGUCAACGGCGCGGGGGCCAGCGCUGCGGCUGGAUUCCCAUCCAGUACCCCAUCAUUUCCGAGUGCAAGUGCUCAUGCUAGAACUCGGGGCCCCCUGCCCGCACCCGAACACUUGAUCAACCCCCACUGAUGCCCCCCGCACCGUCUCCAAACAGUUCCACCACCCUCUCGCGAGGGGAUUCAAUGAACUUUUUUUUUUUCUGGCUACAGAGACCUAGCUUUCUGGUUCAUGUAAUGCACUGUUUAACUGUGUAGGAAUGUAUAUGUGUGUGUAUAUACGGUCCCAGUUUUAAUUUACUUAUUAAAAGGUCAGUAUUAUACGUUAAAA